AUGCCUACAAUUUCCAAAACCAUCAAAUAUAAUCCUUCCACUGAUAAAUUGAUUACUUUGGCUGCUGGUUGUUUCUGGGGUACUGAACAUAUUUACAGAAAAUACUUGGACGAUAAAAUCAUCGACUGUAAAGUCGGUUAUGCUAAUGGUAAUGAAGACUUAAAGGAUGCCUCAAAUGCCAUCUCAUACAAAAGAGUCUGUAAAGGUGACACCGAUUUUGCUGAAGUCUUACAAUUAUCAUACAACCCACAGGUCAUCUCUUUAAAAGAAUUAAUUGGUUUCUUUUUUAGAAUACAUGAUCCAACUACUUCCGAUUCACAAGGUCCAGACAAGGGUACUCAAUACAGAAGCGGUAUAUACACACAUUCGGACGAGGAUUACACAGAAUGCUUAAAGUUAAAGCAAGAAUGGCAACCAAAAUGGCAUAAUAAAAUCGUCACUGAGGUUAAUGAAAUUAAAAAUUUCUAUGAUGCUGAAGAAUAUCAUCAAUUAUACCUGGACAAAAACCCAGAAGGCUAUGCUUGUCCAACCCAUUAUUUAAGAGAAUUGUAG